UACAGGUACACAUAUGAAGCAUGAUCCAUGUGCAUUUCCAAAAUUCAUAUCCAAAAUCCAUAACUGUUAAUCACCACCGUCAAACAAACCUCACCAACUACACUCUCCGCCUUUCUUCUUUCUCUGUCAGUGGAGACUAAAUAGCUCCAUGUUCUUCUUCUGACCUUUCUGAACCAGUCAUUUCAUACAACCCUUCUUCUUAUAACGCUCUUUCUAACGAACCCAUAAUCUAAUCUUCUACUCUUUUUCCUUUUUCAAUUAAAAAUCUUUCUUCCUUCCCUUUUUUGCUUUUUGCUCUUCCUUCCCCUUCACCCUUUCUCUCUUUGCUACCUGGCUUCAACCUUACAAAUCCAAUAAUCACAUUAUAGAACACCCAUAACCCAUUUUCCAUUUCUAAUCCCUUUGUUUUUCACUCUCAAGUCCCAAUUCCUUUCUUCUUUUAUUUCUGUUUUUCAGUUUUGUGAUAUAUUUUUCUUUCGAUUCAGAUAAUGGGAAACUGUUUUACUGGUCCCAACAAAUCGACGGCUGAGAUAUCUCCCUGUGAUUGCAUCAAAGCCGUCGGUUCAGCCUCCGUCUCCGCCAAUCCGGCGGCUGCUGCGCCAGUCACAGCCGCCGUCGCCACCACCACCGUCCGAUUGUAUGGGUCGCCGAUCAGCAUGCUUACCUCCUACAUUCGCUUCGCUCUUCUCUAUAAGGCCGUGCCUCUCCGCUUUGUCCCAUCAGAAACGACGUCGGAGACGCCGACCCUCCAAAUCGGAUCGGAGACCGUGUCGGGUACUCGUGAGAAGUUGCUCCGUUUCGUGGACGAGAAAUUUCCAGAGCCGCCGCUGAGAAUGGUGAAAUACAAUCUGGAAGGGUUCGACGAAACGACGCCGUUGAUUGUGAGGGUGACGUGGCUUCAGCACAGGAGCUUGAUAUGGCACCUGCAUAAGAUGGUGAGGUGGGCGGAGGAUCUGUCGACACGUGGAGGCAGGAAGUCCGUUGAUCCGUCGGUCGGGACCCCAACAAUGGAGUUGAAGAAGUUCGGGAAGAGCUACUCGCAUUUGCUGGAUUUGAUGCUUGAGCACGCACAGAUGGAGGAGAGGGUCCUUUUCCCUGUCCUUGAAAUGGCUGAUCGAGGGAUAUGUAAAUCUGCAAAUCAGGAACAUGCAAGGGAUCUACCCGUCAUGAAUGGCAUUAAAGAAGAUAUCAAAUCAAUUGUAGUUUUGAAUUCCGGGAGCCCUGCCUACCGAGAGAUUCUCUGCAACAUCUCAGCUCGACUCAAAUCACUGCAGGAACGUACUAAGGAACAUUUUGAGGAGGAGGAGAGAGAUUUGCUGCCAUUGAUGGAGGCAACAGGGCUGAGCAGAGAUCAACAGAGGAGACUACUAGACCAAUGUUUUGAUUCCAUGAAAGGAACUCACUCACAUAUGUUUAACUCCUUCCUCGAAGGCCUACUCCCGCGCGAUGCUAUGCAGUACUUGGAUUUAAUCAUGAAAUUUAAAGACCAAGAAUGACCCUCAAUGAUUGAUUAUCCAGUAAAGAUUAAUCCUGUCAAUUUGUGGAUUUACCAUGAAAAUAAGAGGAAUGGAUUGUUUUCUUUCCAUGACCCUUGUUUUCCUUCAUCAGCUGUUUGCAUCCAGGGACCUUCGAUUAACAGAAGGUGGAGAAAGUGGGGAUCUACACAGAUUUUAAGUACAGUUGCAUUGUUCUGCUUAGUUGGAGUAGUCUUGUUGUUGAAGUUAGUUGGAUUUUUUGGAUGACAAUGUUAAAAUUUGCAAGAGGAAAA